UGAUGACGCAAUAUGUUUUGGUCGUUUAUCUGGCGCUGAGACGCGAGCGCUGUCAGUCUAGUCGAGCUCUAAUCCUACAGAGGCGCUUUCUCUUACAGUGAAUGGAAUCGCCACAAAAAUGCGUUGCUAAUGAAUGUGUCUAUGCAAUAUGAAGAAUGGAAGAAGACGAUGUGACGAUUAGAGAGCAGAAUUUCCACAGCCAAGUGCGCGAGUACAUUGUCUGCUUCCUCCUGUUUGCAGUGCUGUACAUUGUGUCGUACUGCAUCAUCUCACGCUACAAGAGAAAAAGCGAUGAACAGGAAGAUGAGGAUGCCAUUGUCAACAGAAUAUCUAUGUACCUGUGUACAUUCACACUGGCAGUGUCUGGAGGAGCUGUCCUUCUCUUACCAUUUUCUAUAAUCAGUUAUGAGAUUCUGCUCUCCCUACCGAAAAACUACUACAUACAGUGGCUCAAUGGAUCACUCAUUCAUGGCCUGUGGAACCUGGUGUCCCUUUUCUCAAAUCUCUGUCUCUUUGUGCUGAUGCCUUUUGCCUACUUCUUUCUGGAAUCUGAGGGCUUUGCCGGUUCGAAAAAGGGCAUAAAGGCUCGAGUGCUGGAGACAUUUGUCAUGCUCUUUCUGCUGGGUCUCCUCAUCCUGGGCAUUGUAUGGGUGGCGUCCGCUCUCAUUGACAAUGAUGCCGCCAGCAUGGAAUCGCUCUACGAUUUAUGGGAGUUUUAUCUGCCAUACCUCUAUUCCUGCAUCUCUCUGAUGGGAGGCCUGUUGCUGCUUAUGUGUACUCCAGUAGGACUGUCACGCAUGUUCACAGUGAUGGGCCAGUUACUAGUUAAACCAACAAUUUUAGAGGAUCUCGAUGAGCAGAUUUAUUGUAUACAGCUGCAGGAAGAGGCCUUGGAGCGUAGACUUAAUGCUACUCCUCUCUGUUUCUCAGGUAUGAUGUCAAACUCUUAUUUCCAUGCAAACUCUCAGAACCAUCUCUACAAAGAGCUGGACAACAUUCGCAAUCAGAGGAACAAACUCGAAAGGAGAAAGAAGGCCUCAGCCUGGGAAAAGAACCUCCUUUACCCCAUAGUGAUGCUGAUCCUGCUUGCUGGAACGGCGAUUUCUGUUCUCCUGGUUGCCCUGAACAUUGUGUACUUGCUUGUUGAUGAGACCGCUUUGCCAAAGGGUUCAACGGUAAGAAAAAUGCAAGUCAACAAACUUGAAAAGGAGAGAGAUAUUGGCAGUGCCUCCUUAUCCACAUUUGGAGUUGCCCAGGCAGUUAUUGAAAUCAUUCUCAUGUUUUAUCUGUUGGUCUCAUCUGUGGUUGGCUUCUAUAGCCUUCGCAUCUUUCAGGAGCUCACUCCCAGAAAGGACGACACUACCAUGACAACGAUCAUUGGUUGCUGUGUAUCCAUUCUAGUGCUGAGCUCAGCCUUGCCUGUCAUGUCCCGAACACUUGGAAUAACAAGGUUUGAUCUCCUGGGUGAUUUUGGACGAUUUAAUUGGCUUGGAAAUUUUUACAUCGUACUGUCGUACAAUCUUCUGUUUGCUGUGGUAACCACAUUGUGUCUGGUCCGAAAAUUCACAUCUGCUGUGCGAGAGGAACUCCUCAAAGCCCUCGGUCUGGAUAAAUUAAAUCUGUCCAACAGUACGACAGAUGCAGAGUCAGGGAAACAUGCUGUCAACGGUCAUCAGAAAACUCUGUGAGAACAAAAUCGAGCCAUUCUCACACAAACUCAUGUAUGUGUAUUCAGUUGGCUUUUUCAUUUUUAAGAGUAUAGAGAUAUAACAUCAGAGAGCUUAAAAAAAAAAAGUUCAAAAGACUCAAUCAAAGAGUGACCCAACAUGCAGUGUAUGUCCAUCUCUCAUUUACUGUACAGUUGUACAUGCCACUGAAACUCCCUGCAGAAUGCUUCCAGCUCUAACCAGUCUGAGAUUCACAAUGAUUUCAUUUGGGUUUGCAGUGUUUGUUGUUCAGCUUGUAAAUGCUUUCAUUUCAAUUCUCUUAAGUGAGAAAAUGUUAUUUUCUUGCUGACCUGCACGCCUAAAAGGCCUCCUGACUACACCUUUCAAUGAGGGAUUAUUAUUAUUAUUAUUAUUUUUAUUAUCUAUAAUUUUUCCCUAGUUUGAUCACGGGAAAUAUUAAGCUGUUUGCCAAGCUGAUAACAUCACGUGUAAUGAAACACGCUUUAGUCUCAGUUAGGUCAUAUAAUUAUUAUCCUUAAUUAUUGUUUAACAACAUUUUGUAAAGUUAAAUGGAACUUUUUAGAUGAACCAGGUUGAGGCCCAUAAAAACAAUUCCCCUAAAAACAACACACAAAUGACAUCUAAACAUGUUUGAUAUUGUCAAGAGAACUUUAUUACAUGUGAUAUUAGUACUGUAAGAAACUAUAUUCGAUUAAGAAAUGCAGAAUGGUCAAAUUUAACACUGGGAAAGAAAGCAUUGCAGUGAGUCUAACUGAACAUUUAAACUCAACUCAAGUUAAGUUACGGAUGUUUUAAUGCCAAAUUAACUGGUUCUUAGGCAAAUGGGGCACAUUACAAAAUCAGUACAAGCUUAAUGUGAUGGCCAAUCACGAUGAUGAAUACUCUAAUAGUGUCGUUGUCAGCAUUGGUCCAUAGUUGUCAAAUUUAUUGCUUGAAUUUUGAUGUGUGUAAAGUAAGUUUUAUUCUUUGUCUGCCAUUGCAUAUGUUUACAUUCACUUUGUUAAGAUGAAGCUCAAUUAUUAUUUAUAUCUAUUAUAAAUGAGGAAGCAUUAUGAUUUUAAUUUCCUCAUGCUUUACUGUGACAAUUCAGGUUUGUUGGAUGUGACAGGAUUAAGUAAUGGGAAUUAACAAGGAAUCUCCCCAAACAUGUGCCUUACUCACAAUUUUGGCAUAUUCUGGGUAGUAUUGGAAUGGAAAUAAGAGUGGUGGAGCCUACCUGCCAAAUUUCUUCUUGCACUGCAACUGCUCUUGUUUUCAUCAGUAGGCAAGGUUCCGAGGUGGACAUUUUGGGUUCGAGUCACUACCAACAACCAGCUUAAUAUGUUAUUGUGUUUACUUGAAUUGGUUGCGUUUAGGAAUGUCGCGACCAGCCGGUCAAUCUUGCUAGUAUCACUUCAAUGAUUUAACCCAUUUAAUGGAUUGUAUCGGCUUGUUGAAUAAGGAAGGUGAUAAAAUUUAAAUGACAACAAGGAAAUGCUGCUCUUUUGUCUUAGUAGUAAACUGCACCAAAUAUUUGGGAGAAGGUGAGGCACAAUCUUGGGAUAUGCUUCCUGUUCCUCUACUUAAAUCUGCUGCUACUUCCUCCACAACAUUCGAUACUAUACUAUGCUACAUGUACUACGCAAACUGAGAGCAUAUAGCCAAUAACAUACAUCCUUUGAACAUAGUUAUUGCUGCAGAGCUUGUGGGGAUCUAUAUAUUUGCCUUACUUCAGCAUCACUAGCAAAACAGCCUUCCUCUGCAGCUGCUUUGCUUUUUGCAAAUGGCAGAUUAUCUGUGAACAUAGAUAUUUGUAUGUUUUUCCACUUACUCCCAUGCUGGAUUUUAAGCCAGCUCAGCCUGUUCAGUCUACUGAAAUACUGGUCUACACAGAUCAGAGGCUAAACUCUUGUAUAUAAAAGCUGUGAAAACAGGACUGCAGAGCCACAUCAGCCUGAUUCACACCUAUUAAAGCUUAUUGUGUGGUGAAAUGAAUGUGAAGUCCGAGCGGAGUCAGUUGUCAUUAUGCAUGUAGAAAGCAGCAUGACUCAUUUAAGGGUCUCCUUUGUAGCUAUGAAAUACAGUCAGAGAAGCAUUUUUAUUAAUUUUUUUGCUUUUAUUUUAAUAUUGUCUAGAAGUUACUGAUUACACCGUUAAUGUACAAUAUAUUCAGUAUAGUUUCCAAACAUUCCCAUUCUGACGACAACCCAACAGGCUAAAAGAACAUGAAGAAAUCGGUUUCGGCCAUUCCUGACAUUUCUCUCUUAAGGUUUUAUCCUGUGUUCAGUCUUCACUGUUCAUCUCUUUAACUAUGGCAAGCCUCAUAAUAAUGUAAAUGAUGUAUUUAAAUGUAUAUACAGUAUAUUUCCUCUUUUUAUUUUUGUAGAAUGUAGAUAUGAAACCGCUCUUGAGCCUUGUUCAUACUAUGCUAUUUGUGGAAAAGACCAGACAAUUAGUCGCUCAGCAUUUGUUUAUUGUAAAAAACAAACAAACAAAAAAAAUCACCUCUGAUGCCUUAAACAGGCUUUCUGGGCUUUGUUUUUGUCUCCUUUUGUCCAGUAUUGAGGGGACGAGUUGUGCAUGUGUGAGAUGUGCAGAUGAGUGAAAGAGUGAGACAGAUUGUUAGUGUGUGUACCUUUUUAUUGACUAAUUCACUGUGAAUGCCUCUUGUGAUUGUCAAUAACAUGGAAUACCAAAACGACAGGGCGUUUCUUUAAACUCGAACUGGCCAAAGGCAAAAAAAAAAAAAAAAAAAAAACUGUCAGGGCACUGAUAUGGAUUAUUAAUGUUUGGGCAGGAAUCAGAUUGGAUUUUGUGUCUGCAAAGUUCAAGGAUUCACAUGAGGGACACUGAAUUCAAAACCUGUGAAAAGGUCGUUUUAAACUUGACCCCUCAGUGGGUUCUGUGGUUCAGCUUGAUGGCUUGUUUAAAAACUUUACAUGAUUUAAAAAAGUUACAUGUAAAAUAUCUUUUCUUCCUGUUGAUUUGCACAAAGAAUAUUUUGUAAGAAAAUGUCUGGGGAAUGAGUGUAUUAUGUCAAUAAUUGUGUCAUUGAAGUAAUCUAUUUUUUGUGUGUGUGUUUGUGUAUUAAACUUUUAAUGUCACUUUUGUCUGCACAAAUUUUGUAAUGCCAGAAUAUCAUAUGUCAUUAUUAACUAUAUAAUACUAAAUUCUACUCUUUGGCUUUAAUUUAAUUUUUUUUUUUUUUUAACAUAAGCUGCUGUUACUUUAUGCAGCACAAGGACCGGCGUGUCAGUUGGUAUGUUGGGUUUCUCAAAAUAGAGGCAUUUGCAGUGAUAUACUAGAAUUCACUGUGAAAGAAAAUGAAGCCUAUUCAUUCCAUAUUCUAUAAUCUGCUUGAUCUGAUUGUUCAUCUCCUUGAUCUGAUUGUUCAUCUCUUUUUUCCAAUCCUCCUCUCAUCACCUAUACAACAUUGUUACAAAAAAUGUAGUACGUCAAGGAUGCUGGAUAAUUUGAGUUCAUCGGUCUGUUGAACUGUUGACUGUGUCCUGUCUACACACAAACAGCUUGUUUGUUCAUCAUAGGCUAAAUGUCUGUUGUCCUCCUUUGAAUUCUCAUCUUCAGCUCUGAGAGAAAGCUUAAUUCUGUUUCCAUUUUUGGCUGUAGCUUCUGUUACUUGUGUGAAUGUCUUUUCAGAAUGUAUUCUCUCGUAUUUGUAGUUUAAUUGCAUAUGUUUGUGUAGCAAAAUGUUCAGAUUCUCUUUAGUUUACUUUGUAUUCCAUUUCAGUUUACAAUAAAAUUUGUGACUUUUGACAGUU